AAAAAAUUGGUUAAGUGCCACCGCUGCUCUUCCACCUCCACUUACCUCGCCACCACCACCAACACCAACACCAACACCACCUUCUUCCUCCUUCAUCCUUCAUCCUUCAUCCCCUGCCUCUGCCUCCCUGCCUCCCUCCCUCCGUCCCCAAAGCACCUUCACCUGCUUCCUCUCUCUCUCUCUAAAAGCCUUAACUUCCCUCAACUAUAAACCCUCCUUCUCCUUCAUCCCAUUCCUCACCUGAGCUUGAGCUUCCAUCUCCUCUCUCUCUCUCUCUCUCUCUCUCCCUCUCUCUCUGCGUCUCUUUCCCUUUCUCUCUCCACCUGAAGAUGAACGAAUACGACCCCCUGCAUGGAGCCGCCACCGGGCCUAGCGACCCCCUCCUCCGCCGCCCGGUCGACCCCCACCACACCUCGAUCCUCCUCGACGACUGCGCCGACGAUGACCGAUCCGACGGCGAGUCCAGCGACGACGCCUCUUCGUCCUCCUCCUCUGGCUCCGGCCUCUUCUCCGAGGGCUUUGCGACCCUCUCGAGGCCCAUCGUCGUGCUCGAUUUCGUGUGGAAUCUCGCCUUCAUUCUGGUGUCAGUCGCUGUGCUCCUGUCCACGUUGAAGGAGCGACCGGCCACUCCCCUCAGGCUCUGGCUCUCCGGCUACGCCCUGCAGUGCGCUUUCCAUGUGGGGUUUAUAUGCGUCGAGUACCGGCGAGCUGAUUACGAUUGGCUUUCAUCUUACGGAACUGAACGCAGAUGGAUCAAGAGAUUGGAGUCUGCGAAUACAAUUAUAUCGUCGAUGUGGUGGGUGUUUGGAUUCUACUGGAUUGUUGUGGGCGGACAAGCCCUUUUGCAAGAUUCUCCUCGCCUCUACUGGUUGACUGUGGUCUUCCUAGUGUUUGACGUGUUCUUUGUGAUCUUUUGCAUCGGGAUGGCUUUUCUCGUCUUCUUAGCUCUCUUUUGCUUCAUCCCGGUUGUAGCUAUGCUCUAUGCUGUUGUUUUGAGGCCAGAAGGGGCUUCUGAAGACGUCAUUAGGAAUCUCCCGAAGCAUAGGUAUCGGCAAGCUAGUUCAUUGGAUGCAUUUGAUAACUUUAGCAAAAAAGGAAGUUCUGGAACUUUCAUGGGAGUGAGCAACAGCAACAGUUGCAGUUCCGAGCUUGUUCUUCAUCCCGAUGAUUCGGAAUGCUGCAUUUGUCUUUCAUCAUAUGCUGACGGAGAAGAACUACGCACCCUGCCCUGCAACCACCAUUUCCACUGUGGUUGCAUCAGCAGAUGGCUUCAGAUAAACGCAACCUGUCCCCUCUGCAAAUUUGACAUCCUUAAUAGAGAUUCGAUCGUUUGAACUUGACACAACAUCGAGCAGCUCCAGAUAGAGAGGUUCCCGGUGAGGUGAAGCUUUUGGUUUUUGGUCACUGUUCUCGCAGAAUAUGCUGACAUACGAGAGGGCAGAGGAGAUGGAAACAGAAAAUGGGAAACAGGGCAUUUUACGUAGAUUUAGCUCGGAGAGAAAUAUGUAUGUAAUGUAGAUGUUAGACUUGUAAAUAGAAUUCUUGUAGAGUUAUCAUGAGAAACUCAAUUGAGGGAAAAAAAAAAAAAAGGUGUUUCUUCUUA